AUGUCAUCGGUGAAUGCUACGAUUGCUCAAAUAAAUUCGGCAUCAACAACAACCGUUUUAGUUUUGGGCUUUAUAAAUUUCGUUCUAGGCGCAAUCGGUCUCGUAUUCAAUCUAUUUAUAUUUACUCGGCCAUCUCUGCGUCACGAGCCGUGUUCACUCUAUUUCUUGUCGUCAACCUGUUUCAGUCUAUUUGUUGUAUAUAUCAUUGUUCCUCUACGCAUUCUUGUCAAUAACUUCUCUUUCGACAUGACUAACGGUAAUCUUGCUACUUGUAAAAUUCAAUUCUUUGCCAAUUAUUCAUCGCGCGCGAUAUCUUGCUGGUUGAUCGUCUUGGCGUGUACUGAUCGAUUCUUUCACAGCUCGCCUAGUGCAAACAUUCGUCGAUUAAGCUCAAUGAAAGUAGCAAGAUGGGCUACAACAAUUACAACCGUACUUCUUAUGCUCUUGUAUAGUCACAUGCUCAUUUAUUAUGAAAUCAGUAAUGCGUUUGAUCGGUUUGGUAGUAUAGUACCUAUGUGCAAUGCUCAAAAAGGUAUUUACCGUACAUUCAUUGGAUUCUGGUAUAUGAGUUGGUAUUCACUUUUACCAGCUCUGUUAAUGCUUCUCUUUGGUUUUCUCACCUUGAACAAUCUUCGUCAACAUCGCCAAGUGAUACCACGAACUAUUCAAGGUAAUCAAAUCGUUCGACGAACAGAUCAGCAACUUUUACGUAUGUUAAUUGCUCAAGUACUCGUCAUUAACGUAUCGACUUUACCGUAUUCGAUCGAGCAACUCUAUUCAGCAUUCACUACGAAUCUUUCCAAGAGUACACUUCGCAUUGCUCAAGAAACGUUCGUCAGUCGAACUCUCGGCGCGAUGACGGCAUUUGCUCAUACAACGAGCUUCUAUUUAUUUACAUUGACUGGUACUGUCUUCCGGAAAGAACUUCGCAAGAUUAUUCAGUCAUGUUGUAGUCGAAAACCAAAUUUUCUCCAUUCAACUCGUCCUGAGAUGCAUCGUGUGGCUAAUGUUCCUCAGUAUCAUUAA